AUGAUAUUUGCAGAUGGCAAUUUUCUAAUUAAGGCUUAUCGCUAUUUUAUUUUCCAAUUCCUCGCCACUUACAAAGAUCUAUUUUCAGUUGGUGAUAACAUGCCAAACAAGCAGUCAUGUCACGUUGACACAGACCAGAAUUGUUUUGCAGCAGCAGCAACUGUGAUUGCCUUUUCAGUGCUUGGCAUGGACUGCAACACUACAAUAGCACAAGGGUCAAGGAAAGCACCUACUGCAGAAGCAUUAAUCAGCAGUAAUGGUGUGAAAAGCACUUAUUAUGGUGCACUAUCGACCCAUCAACCAGCUGAUAGGGGAAAACAAGGGGACAGAAAAAACCAUCGUCGAGGAAACAUGAAUAAGGAGGAUUGCAAAAUGACAGGGUAUUUAAAAGCAUAA